UCUUCAUUUGCCUGUUUGUUCCACCUUGUAAUGUAAAAGUCGCGCUACUUCCGCUUUGAAUGUCAAAUAUGGCCACGUCCAGACUGGAGAUUAAUUUCGUCAGAUUAUUGUCGCGCUGUGAAUCGCUGGCUUCAGAGAAAAGAGCCGAGACAGAAUGGAGACUAGAAAAGUAUGUCGGUGCUCUCGAGGAGAUGUUUGUCGCCCUCAAAAAAAGUCCCAGCAAACCCACACCGGAAACGCUGACAGACUACAACCGUAAAGUGGAUUUCCUCAAGGGGCUUUUAGAGGCAGAGAAACUGCCGUCUCCAGCUGAGAAGUCUUUAGCCAAUCAGUUUCUGGCUCCCGGACGAACGCCGACGAUCUCCAGUGAGAGAACGCCAGCCAGCAAAACAGUCCACAUUCAGAGCAAAGCCAGAUGUGCUGGAGAGAUGCGGAAAGAGUUGAUGAGCAGCGGUGUGUCAAAUUCCGCUUUACUAGAGAACGACCUCCGACACAGGAAAAGUCUUCCAGUAGACGAGCGUCAGUCGGCAGCAGAACUGGACCAAAUCCUGCAGCAUCAUCACAACCUGCAGGAGAAACUGGCCGAUGACAUGCUGAAUCUCGCGCGCAACCUCAAGAACAACACACUCGCCGCUCAGAACAUCAUCAAGCAGGACAACCAGACCCUCACACAGUCCAUGCGUCAGGCGGACGUGAACUUCGAGAAGCUGAAAACCGAGUCCGAGCGACUGGAGCAACACGCCAAAAAAUCCGUCAACUGGUUCCUGUGGCUGAUGCUAAUAGUUGUUUCUUUCACCUUCAUCAGCAUGAUCCUGUUUAUAAGACUGUUCCCGCGGCUCAGAUGAUGCUAAUCCAGUUUAGCAAAACAGCUAGGUUUUAUUUAUCUAUAACAAAAGGUUUACAUAUAUAGACUCCAGCCAAAAGUUAUAGAAAUGUAUGAUUGACGGCCUCAGUCAUUCCCGCGGAAAAUCUACAUUACCUGCAUGCCAUUGUGAUGUCAUAACGAAUUCGCGCCGAAUCCCUACUGUCAAUAAAGUGAUGAGGGAAUCCCUUCUUUUGUUCGACCAUGUUGAUGAUGCUCGUUAAUAACGGUAAGUUAUUGUUAUUCCAUAACCGCAAACUAUUCGUCAACCAUUUAAUAAACGACUUAUCUAACAAUAAACGCUGUUAAAAUUAAGUUUCAAGUAAACCAUGUCUUUUUAAAGACGAGCUUAAAUUAAAUUACCUCAUGAAAAUUCUGUUUAAUGUAGCCAAAUAAAACACUACAUAUGAGAUGCUUAACAUGACUUAACGUUUAAUUCCGCUUUUUUAUGACCUCAGUCAAUUGAUCCACGUACUGUACUGUACGAUGGCUAUAAAAAUGCACCGAGCUGAUUUAAAGUCCGGUCGGCUUGUAUCGGUUCAGUGAGGAAAUGUUCUGGCAAACAGCAGGAAGUUAUUUUGCUUGUCGGACGCACACAUGGAGACUGUCUUCUCCACCCAGAGAGUAAAUGGCCCGUAUUUAGCUGAAGGUUUAUUUCUGCGUGUUCUCUUAUGGUGGAUGAAGUGUUAAGUAUUGCUCAGAUAUGGUGUUUGUGCUACUAUUGAUGGAUGUUAAUGUUUGUCUCAAGCGUCCCGUCAUUGAUUGUUCGUCAUGUACUGUUUGCUUUAAUUGAUUCACAUGAGAACAGGCGACACAUUGUUUUUUUUUUUUUUGUUUGGUUUUUUUUGUCUUCAAUGUGUUCAAAUGUAGUGAGACUGAAAAAUAGAGACGUGUGUAUUGUUUUAAUAAAAUUAUUUGCAGUC